UUUAAAAAAAAAAAAAUGUCAUCUGCAAUUGAAAUGCUGUUGGAGCAGCAAAAAUCGAUUGGUGAGGGGAUGCAAGAAAUCUUGAAAAUUUCUAAUAGGCAGAAAGUGACAAGACAAACGUUACCAGCAGUGAUGAAACGGCUAGGAGCGCUCGACAAGGAUUGGCUAUUGUUUAAGGCCAAUGACUUGAAAUUGAAGGGGAACGCUGAUAUGCCACAUGAUCACGAAUAUUUUAUGGAUAAUUACUACGAUACUAUUGCUACAUUGGUAGUAAGUAUCACAGAAGCCAUCAGCGCAUCGGUAGCUGAUGUUACAGGUGUAAAUCCGCGAUACGAUUUAAUACACCGUGGCAAUAUGGCCACAACUAGGAUGUUCGACGACAACGGAGUGGAUCUGCGCCCACCCGCCAACGGACAACCGGAUUCGCUGGUUACUCCUACUGAUACUACGAGUGGUUCAACCAGUUCAUCUGAUGCUAUUGGCAACCCGAACCAUGAAAUUUUGAAUCCUAAUAUUCGAGAAUUCUUCGAGCAAGUCAGCAACGGGUCUUUUGGGCAAGGCGACACGGAUCCUCAACGAGGCUCCUCUGCCAUGCAAAAGGCGAUAAAAAAUGUCGAAGUGGCAUUAAACGAAUGCAAAAUGGCUAUUACAAACGGUCUGAAUGAACGGAAACUGCGAGGAAUGAUAGCCGCCGCAAACGACCGUUACGAGACGGUAAAGAAGCUGCAUGCCGGACUGACUAGCAGGGACUUGGAUCGCUAUGAUCCAUCUGAUUACUACGAUUUUGAGCAAAACCAUCGGGACAUAUUGGUAGAAUUAACAGAGUGUUUGAUCGAUAACACGUCGCACCAUGACAUUGGGGGAUCGCGAAAGCAAAAAUCGAUCAAGAUGCCGCAAAUCGAAAUUCCAAAAUUCAAUGGGGAUUACGGAAAAUGGACUAAUUUCAAGGAUCUUUUCAACCAAAUGAUGGAACAACGAGAUUUGACUUCCACUGAAAAAUUUAUGUAUCUACGGGGAAACUUGACUGGCGAACCACUCGCCUUAAUUGAAUCAUUGCAGGUAACUGCUGGUAACUAUAUACUAGCUUGGGACCUCCUGAAUGAUCGAUAUGAAAAUCCCAGACAUAUCAUCAAAUCAUUACUGAACAAAUUGCUCUUCAACACGGAAAGAGCGAAGUCAAACCACUCCAGUUCAAUAAAAAAGAGACUUGAUGUUUUUAGAGAAGGAAUGUAUGCAGUAAAAAUAGCCGCAAAAACUGAGGAAAAACUCAACGAUAUGAUUUUUCAUCAAUUGCUGCUAAACACGAUGGACCAACCUACUGUGACACUUUACGAGCAAAAUUUGGACCACGAGAGGCAACCAGCUUCAACCGAAGUUUUAAUGAAAUUUAUCACGAAACGGUUCCGCGCGUUGGAGUAUAGCAUUGAUGAUGCUGUAUCUCGAAAUGGGCAGCAACAGGUGAAUAAUAAGAAUUUUGCUCAAAGACAAAAAUCUACCGUAUUGGCAGCUGCAGCCACCGACAACAAAGUGAAGUUGUGCAACUGCAAGGAGAAGCAUUCCAUCACCAAAUGCCCCAAAUUCACCAAAUUGACGGUCGAGGAGCGUUUUAAACUGGCUAAACGAGCAGCCGUGUGUCUACAAUGUUUAAAACCAGGGCAUAUGUACAAACAAUGUUCUGGAAAACCAUGCUUCACUUGUGAUAAGCACCAUCAUACGUUAUUACAUUUUGUUCGCCAAGAAACCUCCGCUCACUUGGGAUCAACUAUCAAGAAUAUAGGUAUCGAUCAUGUGUUUCUCGGAACUGCAAUCAUUCAUGUGAUGAACGCCAACGGAAUCCCAAUAAAGAUGCGAGCUUUAUUGGAUUCAGGAGCUCAGCUCAAUGUAAUGUCCGAAAGAAUGUUACAAAAAACUGGCUUGAGUUGCACUCCAGCUAACAUGCAAAUAAUCGGAUUGGGAGAAGUUCUGGCCUCAUCCAGCAAAAGGACCACUAUCAAUAUGGCUUCAAUGCACUCGAAUUUUACAACUUCACUCGAAGUUUUCAUAAUGAAAACGGUGACUACCUGCCAGCCACUGAAGGAAGUCAACGUGAGUGAUUGGAAGAUACCGAAAGCUGUUCAACUGGCGGAUCCAGCCUUUAAUCUACCAGACAAAAUCGAUAUUUUGAUUGGCGCCGAACUAUUUUACCGUUUGUUAGUUAACGGACUAACAAAAUUGGGUGAAGGAUUACCAGAUCUACAAAACACCGUCUUCGGAUGGAUUGUUAUUGGGCGCCAUUUGGGUUUGAAAUCAAAUCAGGCAUUCGCAGGCGUGGGCAUUUCAAAUUCAGAUACGACAUUACAGCAGCAAUUGGAACGGUUUUGGCAGGUGGAAGAAAAGGGCACCACAGAGCGCGGAAACAUGACGGAUGAGGAACGUAAAUGCGAAAUUUUGUACGAACGAACAACCGUCAGGCAAUCCAGUGGCAGAUUUGUGGUAAAGCUGCAGCUAACGAAAGAACCAUCCUUACUGGGCAGUUCGCACGACAUGGCAAUACGACGAUUUCUUUCGCUGGAACGACGUUUCGAACGUGAUCAUCAACUGAAAGCAGAAUAUUGCAAGUUUAUGAAGGAGUACAACGAUUUGGGUCAUAUGGAAAAAACAACAAAACCUGACCAGGGUGAACCUUGUUAUUUAAUACCACAUCAUUCGGUAUUGAAUCCGGAAAGUAGUACAACAAAAUUCCGGGUAGUAUUUGAUGCUUCAGCCAAAACUUCCAGCAAUAUCUCGCUAAACGAUAUUAUGUCCAACGGACCUAUGCUACAACAAGAUCUGUUCAGCAUAAUGGUGAGAUUCCGAACAUGGUUAUACGUUUUCUCCGCAGAUAUAAGCAAGAUGUAUCGGCAAAUCCUGAUUGCUGAGGAAGAUCGUCGCUGGCAAAUGAUUGUUUGGCGCGAUGACCAUACAAGAAAGCUGGAAUACUAUAAAUUGAAUACGGUUACCUAUGGCACAAAAUGUGCAUCAUACCUCGCCAUAAAAUCACUGCAAUCAUUGGCAGACAUGGAAGCGGAAAACUAUCCAUUGGCAUCAAUUGUGGCAAAGCGUGAUUUCAAUGUGGACGAUGUGAUGACUGGUUCAAAUGACUUAGCAGAAGCAAUUCAAUGUCAAGCCGAAUUGAUAGAUAUGAUGAAGUUGGGAAGGUUUGAUCUCCAUAAAUGGUGUUCGAACCAUUCAGCGAUAUUGGACCAAGUUCCUAAAAGUAAACGAGCCGUUAGUUUGGAUAUUAAUGCAGACGUGACCGAAACAAAGGCCUUGGGCAUGAAGUGGAUACCGCAUUCCGACAUCUUCUCACUCAAAUACGAACCGAAGGAGCAUAAUAAAAUAACUAAAAGAACGAUUUUAUCCGAAACAGCUCAAUUAUUUGAUCCUCUGGGCUUAGUAAAUCCAGUGAUUGUGAAGGCAAAAAUUUUCAUGCAAGAACUAUGGAAGGAAGAUAUGGACUGGGACGAGGUAUUGGCUCCAGAAGAUCAACAACGAUGGAUCAAAUACAGAGAACAGCUGCCUAAGGUUAAGGACAUUUCCGUACCACGGCAUGUGAUGAUCGAAGAUGCGGUCAACGUACAAUUGCAUACGUUUUCUGAUGCAUCCGAAUUAGCAUAUGGAGCAGCAGUCUACGUUCGAUCGGUGUCAAAAACUGGGGAAGUGAAAGUUCAACUAUUGUGUUCAAAAUCCAGGGUGGCUCCAGCCGGAAAGAUGAAAAUGUCUCUUCCCAGAUUAGAACUUUGCGGUGCCACAGUGGCUAGCGACUUGUCAAACAAGGUGCAAUCGAUAAUUGGUAUCGACGUACAGGACGUGAAAUUUUGGACGCGGAUGGAGUAUUACGAGUUGGAGGACGAUUACAGGAAGCAAACUUAUCGUUUGAACAACGACACCCGGCCAUAUUACCAUAUCGUCAUGACGUCACCAGGAUGAUCAUGCAUA